UGAAAACGAAAAAGAAAAAAAGCUACGUUAAAAUACAACGUUAUUUAUGUACGUUGUAGGGUACAAGUUUAUGUUUAUUUAAUAGACUCCACAAUGUUUUGUUCUGUAAAUUCUCGAAAGAUUACGAAUUGCGUUCUUCUAAGUUGUCUGAGUUUCGAUUUCGUAUUUUCAGCAGCAACUGAAACAGCUCAAAGACUGGAAGAUGAUGUAGAUGGGGGCAUCUUUGAUGGAAUUGAAAACGAAGACAUCAAUAGUGGAGAUUCACGCAUCCUCCAUGAUGAUUAUUUCCGCUUCACUACCAAAAGACGAUACAUAUGGGACGACUAUACUAUCCCCACACCGGACCCAACAGAUCACAAAGACACCAGCUCGUUUGCAGAUUUUGGUUCCUUUAUGUUGCAGGUAAUCAUCCCCAUUGUGAUACCAGGACUUGUGAUUUUCUUCCUCUUUCUUCUCGUAAAAAGACUUAUAGCGAAAAAAUGUUGCGCCACUGAAUCUAAUUCACAUUCUUCAACGCCGUCAGGUGGAUUCACUGCAGUGCAUCGACCUCCUAGAGAAAGGGAUGGGACUCCUGACGCAAGUUCUGGUGCACAAACUAGAGCAGACUUAUUUAAUGAACUUGGGUCCAAUCAAAGCAGAGUUUACAGUAUUAGGGUGGACAUAUCCGUCGCUAAUUCAGCCUCUGCAAGUUCUUCCCAGGGUGUAAGAGAAGCUGGUGAUGUCUUCACAGAGAAACCACCUGAUUAUUCGACGGUCACACUGAGUGAUCUCAUCAAUCCAACAAAGCCAGCAUUUCCUGUUGUCAAAAAAGGCAAUGAAACACCUCCUCCGGAAUAUGGCAAAGAAAAUCAAUUCUUUAAAUGAUUCAACGUCCUUUUUCAUUUAAUGUUUCAACCUGACGCUUCCUGAACGGAAGUUCAUAAGAUAUUUAUCUGCUCGUGAAUAUCAACGUUUCUCUCAAUUAGGUCAGUUGUGACAGGGAAAAUAUUCCUUUGAAUUUUUAUAAAUCAAAUUGAGAAAUAUUGACCAUACAUAGCUAAUAUAAUCUUCAACAGCAUAUAUAUUAGAAGAACAAAGGGUUAGAGGACUCAGGUAUCCAGAACUCAAUAGUUUGACUAUAAUUUAUUGAUGUUCUUGAACAUAAAUUACUGGACUAAAUGUAAUGAGCAGAAACAAUUCACUUAUUCUUUAUUGGUACAAUCAAGUAAAAAGUGAAAAUUAUACUGGAAGUUCCAAGAUUUUGUAUAAAACCGAAGUAUAUUUGAGAAAUUUAAAAAUGUGUUCUUCUAACAAUUUGUUUUUGUUCUUCUGUUCAGAGUGACACCGAUUGAUGAAGAUUUGGAGCAUCGUCCAGGUCUUGAUUCAUGCUCUGAAUAUUAUUCUAUAAAAUAUGUUUUAAAAAUACGGGCAUACUGGUGUAUGGUAAGAAUGGUAAGUUCUUCAUGAAGAAAAUUGUUGCAGAUAUAACUGUAAGUUUGCUAUAUUUAUAACCAGCUUUCCUACCGAAUGUGAUGGUCAAGUCCCAGUGAAGGAUUAAUCUUAUGCAGCUUAUUUUUUAUUAAUUGGAAAUUUUUAUAUCGUUUUCGUUUAUUUCUUAUGGCUUUAAUUUAUGUUAUUAUGGUUUGUUUCUUUUGAUAAUCAUCAUGUCAAUGCAAUCUUGUGCGAGUUAUAUUAGUUUUUUUUAUAAAAUAUUCUAUAAUAGAACAUACACGUAUAGUCUGCAAUUUUGUUUUUAAUACAUGAACUUUGGAAUUCACUAUUCAUCAGAAAAAUCUAUAAAAUUGUGGCCAAAAGUAAUUAAAAAAUAAAACAACAAAAUAAAAAAAGUAGAAUAACAAAAACUAUUACCUUUUCAUGGUAGCGGAGAUAAUAACUUUCUAUAAACUUUCUUAUUUCAAAAUAAUUCAAAUCUAUUUAAUUAUUAAUUAAAUUUUGAAAAAUUAAUGGGAAUUGAAGUAAAAAUAAUACAGUACUAAAAUUGGUAAUAUGUAAAAUAUAAUAGUUUGAAUUCUAAGAUGGUAUAAAAACAUUGCUUGUGAAAUAAUUUGCAUCUAAGUUGCUGCAGAAAAACGCCAAGAAUUCGUUUAAUUUUAAAUUAAUUUAUUAUUUAAUUAACUUUUUCAUUCCUGAAAGUUGAUGGCAUCCAUUUUCCUGUCUUAAAUAAUAUGUGUGCAAAGUUAAUUAAUUCGCCUUAAUUGUUGGAGAAAUAUAAAACAAAUUUAUUUGCAUAGCUACAUGACUUUCAUUUAAUAAAGACUUAUUCUUAUU